CUCUCCCAGUCUCCCUGCAUUAAUUCCUCUCUCUCUCUCUCUCUCUCUCUCUCUCUCUCCUCCUCUCUUCAAUUUCAGAUUUUCAGCUAUUCUCCGUGGGCUCUCUCUCUCUCUCUCUCUCUCUCUCUCUCUCUCUGAUUCUGAUUGAGAUUUCUAGCAGCACAAAUGAUUCCUCAAGCUUCGAAGUCUGCAAAAAUGGUGAACUCUGUACCCUAAUCUACGCCCUUUCUAUGUCUGAGCCUCAUAUCCACUCUGGAAAUGGCGACAUCGGCGUUCAGGUCGGCGACGAAGAGAACUCCAAUUGGAGCAUCUUCUUUGAGCACCGAAGAAUCCAGCUCUUCCAAUCGGAGCGCAGCUCGCCGCCGGUCCAGGAGUCUCAGUCGCUUCUCCCGCCGGCCGCCGGAGUCCGAAUGCUACGACGAAGCGCCGGCACCUAGGGGCAAAUUCGUCAAUACGACCAGGGGGUCGAUGUUCCCGGAGAUCAGCCUCGACGAUCUCGCAAUCGAGUUGUUCUCAAAUGAGAAGAGCGUCGAGCGAGGCCGGCCGUCGCGCCAGAGCCCUAACAUUAGCUCGUCGACGGCGUCCUCCGCGUCUCAGAGGCGGGGAAGGUCGGUGUCGAGGCAUGGCUCUCGAGUAGGCGGUGGAAAGAGUAGUGCUUGCGGUAGUUUCGGUGAGGGUCGGGUUGGUUCAGAUCAUAACCCCCGAAGAAGGCGGUCAGUUUCAGUUGUUCGUUAUCAGAUUAGUGAUUCUGAGAGUGAAGAUAGUUCUCAGAAAUCUUGCAGUCGUGGUAAUCAGAAUAGUUUUAGCAGUGGAAACAGCCAGAAGCCUUCAUUGCAUAAGCCAUCUGACUUAAAUCAUCGGCAGGUUUUGGGAAGGUCUCAGAGCCAGAAAGAUUUGUUGAAGUUAAAUGAUGGCUACUCUAGUCACUCUUCUGCCUUAACUGAUGAUGAAGGGAGGGAAGGUCAUGCUAGUAAAGAUGGGGUCGAGAGAAUAAUACGGGCAGUUUAUUCUCAGAAGAAGACAGAGCAUCCUACUGGGGAUGAUGAUAACAGUGGGUUGUAUGAAGCAAUGCGGAAAGAACUAAGACAUGCUGUGGAAGAUAUGAGAAUGGAACUUGAAAAGACCAUGGUGAAAACCAAAGCCUCUGUUUUAGCAGGCAACGAUUGCUUGCAGUCAAACAGCCCCGAUGUUCUUCAGGCUGUCUCUACAAUAAGAAGGAAUUAUGCAACGAAAUUGGAACAGUCGGCGAAACGCAAGCAAGGUCUUUUAGCUGAAAUAUUAUUGGAGGAGGAGCGUGGCAAGGAGCUCUCUAAGAUUGUGAGGGAGCUGCUUCCAGAAUCGAAGAACCCAACUGUUACGCAAAAGCCAUCAUGUGCCAGAAAGAGGAGUCAUGAUCGAAAUAGGAUGUCCAAGCGACUGAAUGAAGAGGCGGAGAAAUAUUUUGAGGACUUCAUUUCAAAUGUUGAAGAUACAGAUAUUUCAUCCUUUGAUGGAGAAAGGAGUGAUGGGGGUUCAACUUUAGGAGGAACUGUGAAGCAGAAGGACCCUGCUGGGGAAUUCGAAACUUCCCCAAGCCCAACAAUAUCUAAACCUGUUUCUGUUGAAAUGGAUGGUGUUGUUUUGCCUUGGUUGCAGUGGGAGACUAGUAAUGACAGCUCACCCAUGUCAUGGCAAAAGAAGGAACAGCCACCCUUGACCCCGCAAACCUGUUUAAGGGAUGCGCCACAGGAAGUAAUGACUGCGCAAGAUCGAAGCAAUCAUUCUGCCAGCAGCCGAGGGAGUUGGACUCCAGGAACCAUCGAUACCCUUCGCAUGGAGGCGAGAAAAGACACAGGGACGUGGGAAUCUUUUUCGUCCGGGACAAGAAGAUCACGGUUUGACAUGGAUGAAUAUCUCAAUCUUCAGAGUAGUGAAGAUCUUCUCUUCGAAACAUUCAAGCAACAACGAAGAAUCAGUUCAGGUGGUCUCGUGCUUUGUAACAAAAUUCUUAUCUAGCCCACGUUUGAUGGUUGCUUUUCUUUUAUUUACUUCUCCCCAUUCUGAAACCUGGUGAAUUAUGUAAAUUUUUUUUUAUUUAAUAUCAUUAAAUAUUUUCUUUCCCCGUUUGAAA